AUGAGUGCAAAAGAAGAGAAUACCCAACAAAAAGAACGUACUAAUCCACUUGGUGGUGGGUUUUCUGGCAAGUUUCCAGGACGUUCUCCACUGCUAGAACAAUGUAAAUCAUUCUUAGAAAGCUUUAAAGAGGCCAACAAUCAGCUCGAACAACAAGGAGAGGAGGCAGAUCUUGAGAAACUGACGAACGAAGAGACAUACAUUGAAAUGGAUCUUGCUCUUGGUGUAUUAGAAGAACAAGCCGCUGCCAAUGACGGCAACCUAUUGGAAACAAAGACAAUGGAGCAUGAGGAGGACGGAAACAAGUCUUUGGAAGAAGGAACAGUUGGAGAGGAUGCCCUUAACCGUUUGAAAAACAUUACGCGAAAGGACUCGAAAAAGGAGGAAAGUUAUACGGUGGCCGAUUUUUUGGCUGAAACAUUAGUGCCAGUCAAAACAUCUGCGGUUGCGGAGGAGACUAGCUUGGAGGAAGAGCUGAAACCUGUUAAGACGUCGCGGACACGUACAUAG